AAUUUUAAUUGAGUUUUAAAGUCAAAACUAUCAUAUAUAUAAAGCUGUGUAAAUCUUCAAUUUGAUAGGACACAGGGCUAUUUGGUGCAUUGCCAAAAUGUUUGAAGCUGCAAGCCUAGUAGCUCUCCAAAGUGAGUUUAUGGACGAAGACAAUACAUUAGCCUUUGUCAAGCAACAGCUGAAUUUAGAUCCUAAGGUGCAUAAAGUGAGUUUCACAUCACCAAGGACAUUUAAAGUUGAUUUCAAACUUAAACAAUUGAAGCAAACUUCCUUUAUUUUUACUAUUGAGUUAAAAGACGAAACCACAGAGGACAUCCUUGGAGAAAAUAUUAUAAAAAUGGUGAGAAUAGAUAGGAAAACGAGGCGGUUGUCUUUAUUUCCUGAAUGGUUCUACAAAAAGUAUGCAGCUUUCAUGAAUACCCCUGGACAUCCCGGUACUGAAAAAGAAGAUCUUCCAGAAAUUCCCAAGAAUGCUGUUAAAUAUGACGUCAUUCCAGGGCACAGUGAUGAGGAUUACAAUGGCCACGUGAAUCAAUCCUCCUAUUUACGUUUUUGAAUGGACGCAGAGACGAGUGCCUCGUUGAAUGGGUAUUAUGAACAUUACACAAGAGAUAUGUGUUUAUACCUCUCCUUACAAUGGACUAUUACUUAUGCGGGGGAGAGUCUUGCUGGUGAUCAGUUGACUAUAUUUACGUGGCAAAAAGAACAUACUCCCGAAAACAUACUAAUUGGUAUCGAAAGAAAUGGCAAUCGAAUUUUCUAUGCAACAGCAAUAUUUGGUAAAAUCGCAGAAGCGAAGAACAAAUUUUGGCAAAAAUUGUGAAAAAAUAUUUCAUUUUAUGUAUUGAUUAGUUAUUGAAUAAAACAAUCACUUAAAUUUAAAUAAAACUG